AUGGCGAUCCAUCAUCUUGGAAUAUUGGACGAUCUAGCGCGAGACUUAAAAGUAAGCUCGAAUGGUCUGGAAAAUGCACGGAGGCUGGCCAAGGGCUACGAAGAUCUCGUGGUUGUGCUUAUCGAGCCUACCAAUAAGGCUGAAGAGGUACAUUAUGACGAGAUGUUAGCUGCUUCAGAGACACUGCUUUGCGUGAAUGAGACCCUCCAAUUUGCGUCUGGUGGCCAAAGAAACAUCGAAAACACCAUCAUCUUGGAUAUCAGGGCAUUUCGAAGCGAUUCUAUUCGAACCAGCCAAAUUUCGAAUGAUCGAACCCGUGAUGACGAGUUGGCGUACGGCAAUUUCGAGAGAAUUAUGAGCCUUUUGCGUCCUCGUGUGGUUGUUGCCUGUCAAUGCGCGACAACUGAAGCAAACAACCAAUUCGUGCAAGGGCUUUGUUCAUCUAUCAAGAGAGCCGGAGACAUAUGCUUUCAGCAACUCCCAAACGGACACCAAUGCCUGUUGGUAAAAAGCUUUCAUCCUAUGGGCUAUAAAAGAUCGAAAGAUUGUGCCUUGAAGAGGGUCAUGCUUGAGUAUUUAUUCGAUGCCACAUUUAUAAUCGCGUUGAAUGCACUGGCUGGUGAUCGGAUAUCUGGCGUGGGGUUGAAAAAUCUUCAAAAUUGCGCGCAAGAUGGACCCGCUCCAAUCUUUUCGCCCGAGGAAAUCUAUAUCUCCUACCAGUGGAUGAGCGGGAGGAACGCUGCAUCGGGCAAACUCUUGAAACACUUGCAAUAUAUCGGGAACUAA